AUGCCACACUGGGAGGUUCAUUCGUUUCAAUUGAAUAUCGAUGAGGGUGACUGUGCUGUCCAUCUCCUUGUUGACGAGAAACAAAGUCCAAAGAAUAUCGACAAAGCGGUGCUCAUCGAUGGCGGUAAAGCGUACGGCGCGGCCUGUAUUCUGGAUUUCAGGACUAUAAUGAGUCGCAUCGAUAGCGACUACUCGCAAGGAACGAACGACUACUUUAGGACUUUCGAUGCCAUAGUGAUAUCACAUUGGGACAGCGAUCACCGAGAGGGUAUUGUCCAAGUCUUACAGACAGAUGUCAAGACUGGAGCGCAACAGGCUAUCCUAGAUUACCAAAUCAAAGAUCAAGCUGGAUUCAAUGUCAUAGUGAACGACCUAAAAAUCAAGUCCACCCUCACCAAGUACGAUGGCGCUCAUGGAGAACCAUCCACUGUCUUGUACGCACCGUAUUGGCGACUUACGGAUUCGCGUACGCGCUCAAAAUUCAAUAAGACAGAGAAAGAGCGACCUAGUGAGUGGAGCCUUGUCAAGGCUCUUGAUGGUCGCCUCUUUGUAUGUGUGAACGUGGAGGUCACUUCUUUGAGCGGCAACAUAGUCAAGGGAGCUAUUCCGGUUGCCCUAUGGCCAUUGGGGGAGACGAGCUCAGGAGGACCUCUACUAGGGUUAGAUUUUUUCAGUGGCCAAGUGGUGAUGAGCGCCGUCGAUGCCAAGUACCCUGCAUUGGUAUCUCAACACAUGAUGGCCAACGACUAUGACAAACCGGUUAUGAUGUGUGUGGCGAGCGAUUCGUGGGUUUGCGAUCCAGAUGGUAUGGAUGAUCGCUCAAAGAACUGGGAAUGGAAGACUGGCGCGGGGGACGCAAGCGACCUGACAGAUGUCUACCUAGGCCGAGUGAAAACCAAUGACGUGGAUUCUAAUGAACGGAGCCGUCGUUUGUUCGAAAACGUUUCUUCAUCAGAUGACGAUAUCUCGAUUGCAUCUGUGAAGGGUUAUACCACCGGUAAUAACCAGUCUUCGAUUGCGUGCAUGAUCAUUUGGGCCAAUACCGAUUGUGAAAUUUCUCUCUACACCGGCGGGGAUCUUGGGGAUGAAAUGGAAGAACACGUACUGAGGUGGUCUGCGACUCCUUCACCUACUGAUGCCAACGUCCGAACUCCACCUCUUGUGGAUAUUGUCAAACUAUCCCACCAUGUCUUCCUUACCAAAUAUCUUUUGCUUGACCAGGUUGGGUACGUCAACACUGGUGCCAUAGGCUCCCUUACUGAAAGUAUGGGCCUUGAGUGGAGGACAAUAAUCAACAGGAUGUGGAAAGUAGUGAAUACAGUGGCCGACCAAGUGCAGCCGCGACCUACACUUCCCGUCAAUCUUGUCGGGCUUCAAAUUCUCGGAAACGAGAAAGAAGCCAAGACGUUCAUUGCCAAGUAUCUUGAUGAGUGGUGGAAUAUCUGUUCAUUUAUCCCCUGGCAGUGGUUUGGUGGCUGGGGUGGUUUUCAAAAUGGCAUGUUCAAAGCUGCCGCGCAGAGGAUUCGUUUUCACGUAAUCAAGCAGGCACCAGACAGAUAUUUUGUAGCAGAAUAUGCAAUUGGGACCUCAUUCUUAGAAUUUGAGAUUUCGUGGUUAGCUGACAUCAAUUACAAAAACUUCGUUGCACCAAUCGAAGAUAGACCGGGCCACCCCAAAACCUUCAAGGCGCCAGUCAAUGACAAAACGAUAAGGAGUAUUGAGACAAACAGGCUAGCGAAAAAACAGGUGACUGGCAACCUGAUGGACUCGGCGACAGCUCAAAUUUUGAUAUCGGCUUCAGAAAAUGCACAGACGCUUUCCAGUCGGCAAUUCGCUGAUGACAGUCCAGGUCAUGACGUAGGCCGUGGAGGUACAGCCUUGGUCAAGAGGGAGCAACAUAUCAGGAAAGGGAAAAUGUCUUUUGAUCCAGCUUUGUGCUAUUUCAUGGCUACCGAUGCAAUCGAGACCAACGGUACGGUGAAGGAUUUUAGGGCGAAGCUCAACUCGAACUUAGACCUUUUCUUGUCUGGUCUCAACACUGGUGCAAUUGUGCUGCCAGACAAGCUGAAUGCUCAGGCAAGCGAGCUUCAACUUGACGGUUCUGAUGAGCUGUUUCAAUGGCUGUUGACGAUAUUUGGAGAUUUUGAGGACCCAAAAUUCGUCUUGCAGGUUAAAGCAAGCACGAGCAAUAUCUCAAGCUUCAGCUAUACUACAAGGCUAGACAAAGCGCUUACAAAAGGUAUCAGCUUCACGGACAGAAUGCUUAGCUCUACGAUGAUCACUUUCAGUACAGACAACAACUCUGUGGCCUUCAACGGAGCCUCCACUCCUCCUCCGACGUGGCUUGGCCCUCCCGCGAGUGGUACAGCAGAUGUGGACAUUGAUAUAAUUGGUCCAGCGUUCAUGCUACUGAUGAGUCUCAACACCAACAGUGGCAUUGAGCAAGCGGUAAUCACAGGCGAGGAGGUUGUCAACCUUUUUGAGGUCAAGCUCCCCACGAUAAUUAAUUUUCUUACACCGCUCUUGAGUUUGAAGGUAGACACGAGCGCUGGUACCAAAUGUGGACUGUGGUUCUUCCCUGACGCGCUUUACACCACGACUCUCCGUUUACAUUUCAAGGGUGCUGAUGGGGAUCCCACGACCUCCUUCGCAUCGAAGCUUAAAGGCACAGUUCAGGAAAUAACAUCUGUUGCGAACAUAGACAUUGGUGACCCUCGUAUUGUGGCAAAGAAGACUUGGCGACGAAGUCAGGAUCCGGCAAAAGCCGCUUCGGCAGAUGUUGAAUCAGUCCUUGUCAUCUUCGCUCCUAUGACCUUUCAUCGCCAGGACAACCCAACGGGUAAUCUUGUGCCGAAGCUCGAAAGCUUUACAGUCGACACAGCACUGGAGAUUCUUCCAGAGAAGACCAGAUUCACUCUGACUUUCGAUGCGUCCAAAGGCGGAACCUCCGUGACCGACAUUCUUGAACUUUUUGUCAGCCUAAUACCUGGCAGUCCCCAGCUCCCGUCCUUUGCGGAUUACCUACCAGGGAUAGAGAACAUUCUGCUGCGACGCAUUACGUACAUUGUGCCUACUAAAGGCGAAAAGGUCGUGUCAUUGGAUCUGCAGGCUGCAUGGUCGUCCAUAGUACUACAGUGUACCCUCAAAUACACUUUUGGUAGAGGAGGUGGCGGCGAAUUUGGUGGUAAUCUGUUCCUGAAUGAUCCCCAAACUCAAUUGGGGCCACAAUUCUCCUUCGUUCCGUAUAUGCCAGACUACGAAACCUGGACUGCGUUGGCUGUAAUUCCAAAAUCUAAAGGUGGCAGUGAUGGGAGGCAAAUCGGUGACCUCGGAGAUAUAUACAGCACCUUGACAAAGGCAGAAGGCCAGGAAAAGAAGCUCAACAAUCCACCAAUCUCACUCCAACUCUUAGCGCUUAGCUUCUAUGUCAGCUCUCAGAAUCUUCAAUUCAACGCCAUUGUGAUCAGCCCAAAGCCUGACGAAGAAUCUACGCCACAGAUUCGCCUGGACACUGCCUCACUCGACGUACAGUUCAAAUUUGACUCUAAAAAACCGCAACUGCAGAAAGUAGCUCUAUACUCUAAUUUCGUCCUUGCGUCUCCGAAGUUGGACGAGUACUCUACUCUGAGUGCUUCUCUGGAAUAUACGUCAAGCAAGUGGACUUUGACAGGUUCGGCAGGUAGGCUAUCUGGAGCUCUUCUAUACUCCCUUUUUGACAGUGAUUGUGAUGAGGAGAUGGUAGAGCUGCUCAAGGACAUCUCGCUCGAUGUCGCCAUCGUGUACAACUAUGACAGUACUGGAAAAGGUUCCGACUUCGUCAUUUCAGGUGAUCUUUACCUUGGCCCCGUGACACUCGAUUACUCAUACGAAUACAAAGGAAAGACUGCCGCGGUGAAUGAGCCAAUCUGGAGGUUGACUGCCAAUCUGUCUGUGAACGAGGGAAAUGGAACUCUCGUUGAUGUCAUCGGCGCAAUCUGUGGCACUGACACGAGCCAGCUGCUCCCCUCGUGGCUCAAAAAUGUUGGUGUGAAGACGUCGCAAGAUACCAAGCUCACAUCUCUAAGAAUUUUCGACGUUGGCACCUCCAUCUUGUUUGUUCUGCGUGUCCAGCUGGCAGAUGGCGCCUCAAUCGCCUGUUACCGCCUCUCACCAAAGAAGAAGAGAACGGACGACGCUCCUAUCGACGACAAGCCACCCACUACAAAGACUGCACUAAUACUCACAGUAGACAGACUACCCACUGUUGAGAACAUUCCACUAAUAGGCAGUCUUCCACAGCCAUUUGAUGAGUUCAGCUUUGCAUGGGUUUCUGGCAGUGAUGAUGAGUCGGGCGGCUUCACACGUGCAGACAUGAACGUUAUUGAUAAAAACCGUCUUGAAGACGAUCCGGAGUUGAGAUACAAAGAUAAUGUGAAAGAGGACCAACAGAAGGAUGAUGAUGUAUUGCUGGCAUCUGGCUACCAUUUCAUCGUCGUAGCAAACAAGAAAAUUGCUAUGGAUUAUGUCUUUGGACAGAAGAAAGACGACAAGAGUCAGAACAUUGCGGAAGAGUCGCAGCUAGGUAUAAGAGAAGUCACUACGUCGCCCAUCGAUAAGACGUUUGGGCCCGUCAAGAUAUUCGGCUUAGGCCUAGGCUUCGAUCUCAGCACGAACACCCUCUCAAUCGUCAUUGAUGGAACCCUUAAUGUGGGUCCCCUAGCAAUGACAUUACUUGGAUUUGCCAUCAAUUUCAGCUUUGAGGGUAGCGAUCUAAGGAAUCUUUCUUCCAUUAAACCAUCGUUCGAUCUGCGUGGCCUCAGUGCCUCUUUCCAGCAAGACCCAGUGCUACUUCAAGGCAUGUUUGAAAGGGGCGUCACUCCUGACGGCGAUCCAUACUUCCAAGGCGCAGCAACCGUCGGAUUCACGCCGUAUUUGUUCCAAGCUGUGGGCUACUAUGGCAAAGCGCGUGAUCCGAAGCCCGCCAAACAAAUCGUGAUAACCGAUGACGAAGUUUUCAAUACGUUUUUCACCUACUGUAGACUUGACGGACCGAUCAUGAGUAUCUUCGGCUUUGCCGAGAUCUCAGGCUUAUCUGGUGGUUUCGGUUACAAUUCUACGAUUGCCUUCCCCAACACCCAGAAUCUUCUGACGUUCCCAUUCAUCGCCCCGCCGGAUGAGACUGAUCCUUCGAAAGCGCUUUCUCAAUUCUUUAAAGGUGGCUGGUUUACGCCCAAGCGUGACUCGUACUGGAUCGCGGCGGGCUUCAAAGUGCUGGCCUUUGAGAUGCUCGAGGUGGAAACAGUCCUCACUGUUGAGUUCGGCACGGGCCUCAAGUUUGGUCUCUUUGGACUGGCAACGGCCGAAAUGCCGAAGAAGGUCGAGAGGAAAUUUGUUAGGGUCCAGCUCGGCCUUGCAGCUACUGUCGACUUUGAUGCGGGCCUGCUGAAGAUUGACGGCCAGCUAACCCCCUCGUCUUUCGUCCUAGAUCCCAGCUGUCAUCUGACGGGUGGCUUUGCAAUGUAUAGUUGGUUCGACAGUCGCGAUUCCACCCUCGAUGGUGAUUGGGUGUUCACUGUCGGCGGCUAUCACAAGUCGUUCAAGGUGCCAACACAAUACCCUGUACCACCACGUCUCGGCAUCACUUGGAGCUUUGACAACAGUAUCAAUAUCACUGGCGAGGCAUACUUUGCCAUCAAUUCCAAAGUUUGUAUGGGCGGUGGACGUCUACAUAUCGUGAUGAGCGCCGGUCCGCUAUACGCAUAUUUUGACGCGUAUGCAGAUUUCCUCAUCAACUAUAAGCCCUUCCACUUCCAGGCUGAAGGUGGUAUAUCAGUGGGAGUGCAUUUCAGCCUUGAUCUCUGGCUCGUCACAAUCCAUAUCAAUAUUGAUCUCGCCGCACGGCUAUACCUGCAGGGCCCACCAGUCAACGGCACUGUGCACGUCGACUUCUACGUAUUUGGUUUCGACGUCAAUUUUGGGGAGCAUCAAAACACCUCGCCGUCCAAGCUACAAUUAGAGGAUUUCUACCGCCUUGCUCUGCAAGCUGACAACAAACCGACAACUAGUCGAUCAUUAUUGCUCAAGUCAGGUCGUGCUCUCGAAGACAGCCUGAGAGCCGAGGACGAUCCAGAUGCACAGCUUUCACCGCACAUUUACUCGUGCACUAGUGGCUUAAUACCAUCACAAACUACUAAAUCAUCCCCCAGCGACAUGACAUGGGAUGUCCGCGCAGCAGUCUUUGCUUUCGACAUCAGUUGCAAAUUCGCACUCACGGGAGCCGAAGUCAUCACCAAAGCGCUUGAGGAAGACGGCAACGAUGCCACGCACACCGUCCCAUACACCGUCGCCGACAAGAUGUAUGCGAGACCGAUGUGGCUAGAUUCAGAAUUCUACCGGUCCCAACUCAGAAUCACAAUAGCAAAGGAUGUGCCAGUCAUAGAAAAACUGACCGAAGAUCCAGAGCCGCUGAAUCCUGAAUGGAACAACAACCUUGCCAUUCUGACCGCGGUCCCCACAGCCCUUUGGGGCGCAUACAACCCAAACGACGACCCCUCCUCCGGCAACAACAACAUCUCCAACCUCCUCGACGGCACAAAAGGCGGCACGGCCAAACUCCUAACUGGCGUCUCUGUCCGCGCGCCCACACCCCGCAUCAGUCCCGACAUCAUCUCCGAAUUCGACGUGCAAGUCGCUAUGGGAAAAGUCGCCGGCCUCGCCGAUUUCCCGUGCAAUCAGGACGCGCAGAAGAAUUGGCAGCCGGAGCCGAAGUCUGCGACGCCGUAUGAAGAUGUGAGGAAGAGGUGGAAAGCGCCGCUGCUAGGCGACGAUGCGGGCGUGAAGGCGGCGAAGACUUGGUGUCAGUAUAAGGCUUUUGGGUGGGGUGAAGAGGCGGUGACGGGGAAGAGGCCGGAAAUGUUGGUGGAUGAGUUGGAGGGGUGGUAUACGGAGGCGCCGAGACUGUCGUUGGAUGUUAGUGCUUUGGGUGAGGGCUGCGAGAGGGAAGUAAGGAGGGGUUUAUUUAGUCAAAUUCCUAUGUAUUAG